CUCUGAGCCACAUCCUGACUGAGCUGCCAACAAAGCAGAGUAAGGAGAGGACUCAUCUCUGUCGGGUUUCACCUUCAUACCGCCAGUCACACGGCAGAUUGUUUCUUUGCUAGACAGUAGGUAAGAAGACAGUGAUUCUUUAACGGAUGCAGCACACAAGUGAGCACAUGUCACAGAACAAGCUCCAGCCCACAGUAACCAGUGUGGACUGCAAAAAGAGAGUCUCCCUCUGGACAGUGCAAAAGGUGCACAGUUGGGCGAGGCUGCAGUUCCCUUGUUGUCAGACUUCCUUUCUGCUUGCAAUUGUGAAUCAUGCUAUAUCAGGCCGUGCUCUUCUGAGACUGACAGACAGCAAGCUGGAAAGAAUGGGGAUAGCGCAGGAGCAGCAGCGGCAUGACAUUCUACAAGAGGUGCUUUCACUGCGAGUCAUUGAAGAGCUGGAUAAUCUGAAUGAAAUAGUCUCCGAAUGUUUCUUCACGCUGUGACACUAUAUGUGAUCCGAGUGAAGAUGGAGAGUUUGUCCCAGUGUUGAAAAUAUUAACCCUGGAAUUCUACACACUUAACAACGGUUUGGUGCACUUUGUAGCUUUCUCCAUGCUUCAAUAGCACUGUUUGCACAGCGUUUAUUGAUACAUUGUUUUGAGGCUGGUUUAUGUAAUUGCUACAUCAAUACUAACAAAUGGAGUAAAAACCCACAUAACGGAAUGAAGUGCAUCCUGCGGCUGGACAUAAUGCCAUUAUCACAGAUAAAGCAGUGAUUUGGGAUGGGUAAUGGUUAGCUGUAUGUUUCCCAUGGGACCUGAUGUGCAUUUAAAACGACCAUGAGAAAAUUAGUUCUGGAUCCCUUGCGAUUAUCGUACUUGGUUACAAUUUAGAUAAUAGCUGAAUGUUACUUUUAUCUGGCAAAGAAUAUGAGUGGACCAAAUGAAAAAGCUUGUGUGUGUGUGGGUGUGUACAACGGCUAUGAAAUGUAAUGCAAUUUAAAAAUAUAGAAUUUAAAAAAUAAAUUACUUAAGCUAUAUAAUUACAUUGUCUUCAGUGCAAUCAUUCAGAGUGCAUUUCCUUUUGUUUUUGGCUAAGCAUUUGGUUUAUCUGCACACUUUUACAUCUGAAUUUGGCUUCUGUGACUUGCCUACCAACUCUGCCAUGAAAGCAGGAUGUAGACAGCUUUUGACUGUUGACAAUGCAGAGUGAGCCCAGUAUUUGGUCAGAGCAGCUGCAGAUAAUUAUAUUGCCCAACAUUAACUUUCAUCUAAGCAUUCUGCGCUUAGAAUGGUCUGAUUCCAUGGGCAGCAGUGUGGAGUAGUGGUUAGGGCUCUGGACUCUUGAGGGUCGUCAGUUCAAACCCCGGUGGGGACAC